GUGAUUAUGGCGUCUACCUCCAACUCGGCGCCUACCGAACCGCAGGCGCUUACGGCCACCUCGCAAGGCAAGUAUGGCGACCUCAUACAACGGGGCCCAUCUGUCUCCAGCCAAUAUGAUACGGAUGAAUAUCGCAGGCAAGACGGCGUGGAUGAUUAUUCGCGUAUGGAUACGAGCCCUAACAUGAUACAGCAGGGGCAGGAGGACUACGACGCUCUGCUGGCCCGUUACGAGGAGUUGACUACAAAAAACGCAGAGUACCAACGCGAUCUUGCGCGUGCAGCUAAGCGCAUUGACGCCCUGCAAGACGAGAUGGAUCUGCUGCUCGACGCGAUGCAGCUAGUGCUACCCAGUCAGCCCACGCUUCUUCGAAACUUCCCGUCCUCGCCACCUAUCGGGCGUAGGCCGGUUCAUAGUGAACAGCCGGAGGAGGAAGGGCAGUUCCCACCCGUCCCACCGCCGAACCAGAAUGGGGUGGGCAGCAACGGCUGGAAUGAAGCAAAUACACGUCGAACACUGACACCGCCGAUGGUCAUCUCUAUCCCCGCUGCCCCGCAAGAGUCGCCGAACGGGACUAUGAGGACGUGAUACAUCCUGGGUAUCGGUUGUUGUUUUCUACAGCUUGCAAUACACGACGUCGACAUCUCGAAUCCCAUGGUAUCCUGUGAUAGUGUCUUAUUGUACAAAGUCAUCCCGCAUCUUGCCCUUCCGCCGCUCCCAAGCCUCGUUUUCCUGUGCUUCUUCCUCCCACUUCUUUCGCUUGUACUGCUUCCACCUGCGCCAUACGAGAUACGCACCCGUCGCGAGGAGCGUGAGGCCGAAUGAGAGACCCAGUGUGAGGCCGAGGGGGUACGCGAGGUCGAGUUUCUGGUGGGGUCUCGGCGGCUGGGAGACUACUAUCGUGGGUCCCCCGUUCGUCGCGGUCGUGUAUGUCGGUAGUGUGGCCGUGGGUGGCGUCGUCAGCGGGGGAAGGUAGGAGGAAGACACG